UUAUGAUACGUGUACGCUGGCAGCGCACAACAGUGCAGUCAGCUGAGACACAGAGCUAGCUAUUGGACGUACUUUCAACGGUAGGUCAAGGAGGAAAGACGGGGAAGUCCGGGGUCUGUCGUCUGCUUUCGCAUCACAUAUCGGAAGAGCUAGUUCGCUAGAAAAUUAAUAACCCACUGCACUGACUGAGCACUGCUGCACUGCACUGGCACUGUGCACAGUUUCACAGCAACUUUGAAGAGGUAUUCUACCCCUAAACAUACAUGUUUUCCUGCAUGGAUGGAAAAAUAGCACCUUUGACAGAACCCAAGCCUCUUCCGUUGGUUUUUGUGUCCAGUGUACCCUGUGUCCUAUCCCGUCUGACCCCACCUGACCUUUGACCUUUGACCUCGGUGUAAGCUUGGCAAGCCAGGUCAUGGGAUGCUACGAGGAGAUAAGGAGGAUAGUAGUGUGGCUUCUUCAUCCGUUGAUCAUCCGCUUCAGAAGAGAAGAGCCUCCAGUCAGGGUUGAACACCAUGACUAUUGGUGUGGGGAUGUCCCUCAAGAGGUUUUUGGGCAGGGAGACAAUGGUUACAACACAUUCCGGAUCCCAGCCCUGGUCCAUCAUCGCGGGGUGUUCCUUGCCUUCUGUGAGGCUCGGAGGACAUCCUUCAGGGACUGGGGAGCUAGCAUGGACCUGGUCCUACGCAGAGGUAGACUAUGUGACAUCAAGGAAGGAGAUAAAGAGAUAGAAUGGGGCGAUAUACAAGUCGUCGCUUCUUUGCCUGGAAAAAGGGCGAUGAACCCUGUACCUAUCGUAGAUGCGGACAUGGAUGCCAUUAUACUUGUCUUCAUCACAUUCCCCAUCGAGCUAUCUGAAGCAGAUCUUAUCAGAGGUGAUAAAUACCAACAGAACCUGUAUGUAACAAAGAGUGUAGAUGAAGGAAGGACAUGGUCGGAGCCUCUGGAUAUCACUAAUCUAACGCUCGGUAGGAUGGACCCAGAACCUCUCAUCUAUGCAUCAGGUCCAGGCCAUGGUUUGCAGCUGAAGUCUGGUAGACUCAUCGUCCCUGGUAACAUACACUGGAAGGAGAAACCUCAGCCAGGGGCUACAGGUUGGUUAGCAGAGCUGAAGUGGUCAAUAUUGGAGUUCUUUGAUAGUUUCCAUGGUAGUAGGAAUUGUUCUAUUGUCCUCUUCAGUGAUGAUGGUGGAGAUACCUGGCAAGUAGGAGGAAAAAUACCACCGGCCAAAGAUGAAGAUGGAGUAGAUAUACCAGCUAACGAGUGUCAGGCAGCAGAGUUAGAAGAAGGCCAUGUUUAUGUCAACAGUAGAACCUGUGAUCCUCAAGCCACCCGGCAGGAGUCUUAUAGCAUCGAUGGGGGUAUAUCAUUCACAAUGGGCGAGCUCUCGGAUGACCUUGAAGAACCUGGGUACUUCCUCUCAAGAUGGAUUCCUUCCAUCAAGAACUUCGGAGGGUGUCAGGCGAGCGUGAUGAGCUUUGAACCUCCAGAUCACAUUCCCAAGCUUGAGAGAGAUGCAGAGCGUUGGAUCAUCUUCUCCAACCCAGCCAGUCGUAACACACGUGUCAACAUGUCGGUGCGGUUUAGUCGCGAUGCUUGUCAGACUUGGAGUCCACCGCUCUCCUUGAACCCCGGUCCCAGCGCCUACUCCGACCUCACCUGCUACAGGGUCAAGGAUAAGGUCACCGGGAAGAGCACCAUGAAGUUUGCUUGCUUGUAUGAGUGCGGUAGUCUCCAUCCCUACGAGAGAAUCGCCUUUCAGACUUUCUCGCUGGAAGAACUCACCAGUAAUGCCAGAGGUAAUCAGCCAUAGCAACAAGGACACACCUAGCAACAGACUCGGCUUGGUGUCCUGGGCUGUGGAAGCCCCAUCACUAGAAAAAUGCAUAACUUUCCAGAAAUGUCACAUAAGGAAUUCAGCACCUAUUAGCAACAAAGGCACACCUAGCAACCGGGAUAUCCCUGUAGUAAUAUAAUAUUUAGCUUUUAUAUAGCGCUUAAUACAAUGUUUCUAAGCGCUUUUUAAAUAUACUAUUACCCUGGUCAUU